CUCAGAUGAAUCAAUGAUCACAAGGGCUUCCCAACUUGUCCCUUAGCGCGAGAUGUAUAAUCUCGAGUCAACAUAUAAUACGACAUGCUCUAUUUGCUGUUCUUUCAUAUCCAGUCCUCAUCGACUAUGAUUACUGUCUUCGCUAUCAUCGAUGUCUGCGCUGUGAUCAUUGCGUUGAUCUUGAUACAACGACUUUUAAACGCGACUCAAACUCGGAGAACACUCUUCCCUCCGGGUCCUAAAGAAUUGCCGCUCAUUGGGAACCUUCUUGACAUGCCGACUGAGAAAGAAUGGCUUACUUUUUCCAAGUGGGGCGAGAUUUACGGUGACUUGGUGUCUGUGGCAUUCUUUGGACAACGUCUAAUCAUACUGAACUCUGCAAAAACCGCUGUGGACCUCCUUGACAAGAAGAGUUCCAUCCAUUCCGACCGCCCAUCGAUCCCGAUGGGUGGCGAAUUAGUCGGAUGGAAGAACACCCUUGUCCUCAUUCCCUACGGUAAACGCUUUCGCAGCUAUCGACGACUCGCGCAUCAGCUUUUCGGUAAUAAAGCAACCAUGGAACAAUUCCUACCGGUCGAGGAGAGGGAGACUCAUCGGUUCUUAAAGCGAGUAUUGGCACAACCUGAGAACCUCUCGCAACACAUUCGGAAAACUGCCGGUGCUAUUAUAUUGCACAUCUCUCACGGGUACGACAUCGAGGAAGAAAACGACCCUUUCGUCACUUUGGCUGAUCGAGCUACCGACCAAUUUUCUAUCUCCACGGCUCCUGGCGGCUUCCUAGUCAACCAUAUUCCGGCCUUACGUCACGUACCGUCAUGGUUUCCCGGUGCCGGAUUCCAGCGCAAGGCGAAGGAAUGGGCGGAAGCCCUCGAAAAUAUGGUCGAUCGUCCUUAUAACUUUGUGAAAUCUCAAAUGGCGGCCGGAAAGGCUCCUUUAUCUCUUACUUCUAGCCUACUUGAAGGUCGACAAGUAGGUGCUGAGGAAGAAUUUGAUAUUAAGUGGCUCGCUGCAUCUUUGUAUUCCGGCGGCGCCGAUACUACUGUAUCGUCGAUUCACGCUUUUUUCAAAGCAAUGGCUUUGUUCCCUGAUGUACAAGCAAUAGCUCAAGCUGAGGUUGACGCUAUCAUUGGUAGCGAUAGGUUACCUGGGUUCAGUGACCGAGAACAAUUGCCCUACAUCAACGCCCUUGCCCUGGAGGUCAUACGAUGGCAUACAGUUACACCCACCGGGGUACCUCAUAGAGCCAUUGAAAAUGAUAUACAAGAUGGCUACUUUAUUCCGAAAGGGUCUUUGAUCGUUGCUAACAUAUGGAAGAUGCUUCAUGAUCCUGCAAUAUAUAACAGUCCGUCUGAGUUUAAGCCGGAAAGGUUUCUUGGAUCAACACCUGAACCCGAUCCGCGCACUGUGGCGUUUGGCUUCGGUCGCCGUAUAUGUCCUGGACGAGUACUUGCUGACGCUUCGAUAUUUAUUUCGUGUGCCAUGUCCUUAGCGGUCUACGACAUCUCUAAGUAUUCUUCUCCCGAAGGCUUCGUUUCUGAACCUGACGUGGAGCAAACUACUGGUACUAUAAGCCAUCCCACACCGUUCCAGUGUACCAUAAAACCGAGAGCAGAGAAGGCUGUCGCCCUUAUCAGUGCGGAUGAGCAUCUGUGAUAGACUUUUAUAACAUUGUGUCCACACCAUGAAUUCUUCGUAUAUAUUUGUACUUGAAGUACCUCCUGCAUUUUACUGUCCAGAUCAACUCUAUGGGCCCAAAUCAUUGCCAAACACCUCUUUUACGACACGAAUCACC